CCCCCUGAGGAAGAAUCCUUACUGGCACAACGAGGCCUACUCCGGCGGUGAGCGGGGCAGACGGCCGCUGCCCUGCUGUCCCGCCAAUCGGUACUCAGCCAAGAGCCAGACCCGCGAGGAACCCGGUCCUCACCCUCGAGCCCCGACCACCACAAUGCACCCAAGGUGCCGCAGCAAGGGUGCCCUGACCCGCAAUGGAAACAGUGUAACUAAGAUGGCGGAGGCCACAUGUGCGGGCGCUGAAACCAGAAACAACUUACUUACCCGCAGUGGCAGCAAACAAGACAGAUUGAAGGCACCGGCAGCACAGACCACUACUGCAGCCAUCCACCCGCAGGCACCCCCGCGUUUAAAUGAGCCACACAGCCUGGAUAAGACCGCGACAGGCAGCGAAGAGGGAGGCUUAACAGGCAAACACAAGCCACACAGAACAGACCACAGGAUCCUGAACCCCAACUUGUCAUUACCCUGGCACACUGAGAUCCAGAG